AUGAUUCACUGGCCCCUUCUGGCCGACUCCUCUCCGCUCCCCUUGCCCGUGCCCUUUGCAUGCCCUCUCUGGCCUCCCGCGCCCGCUCUGCUCCCUGCGCCAGUGUUCCGCCCUCCGUUCUGCCCUCUUGGCGACUUCCUCCUGACUCGUACCGCCUCUCCCGCGAUCCUCCCCGCCCUUCCGCCCGUCCCCACUGUGGCGUCGGCGGCCCGCGCGCCUCCCGCUCCUCCCAUCUGCCCGUCUCGCGCCACGGCCGCCUCUCUGGCGAUGGUGACCAGGCGUCCAGGUGCUCCCUCCAAGUGCGCGGCUAGCGACGCUCUGGUGAUCGCCGCUCCCCCGCGUACUUCUCCCUCCGCGUGUGAUGUCCAUCAGGCGAGCGGGACCAGCUGCUGUCUCUCCGCUCCCUCUGCCUCGUCCGGCCUGGCGAGCGCAAGGUGCUGCUGCGCCCCCCUUGCUGCUGACCGUGCCGUUUCGGCGACGCAGGUUCCGCCGCUUGCUCCUUGUCGCCGCGCGUCUGCCGUUGUCCUGACGAAUGCGAGGCGCCACCGCUCCACCCUCCCUGUUCCUGGCGCUCGCCGUGCGGGCGGAACUCGCCCACGCGCCAUUCUCCGUGGCGCCGCUCCCUCUCCGGCGAGCGAGACCUCUCCGCUUUCCCCUUAUGGCGCGGACUCGGUGCCUGCCCCGCUCGAUCGCUCAUCUCUGGCGCCCCUCGCUCCCGCCGUCUGGAGUUCUCCGCGUGACGUCCCUCCCCGUGGGGACUCGCUCGCUCGCGCGAUCCCGACAGCGGGGCCUCUGACUCUGCGACCGCGGCCUGGCUCCGACUUCCACUAG